AUCACCUCCCUACCUCAAUUCCCUGGCAGGUUGUUCCCUCUUCAACAUACAAACUACUUACCCCACCUCUACCCCCAACCAACACCAACACCCAAGACCUACAAAUUCUCCACCAUGAAACUUCCCCCCACACCCCUCCUCUUCGCCCUAACCACCCUAACCGCAGCGACCCCACUCACCACCAAGACCCUAAAUCUCCCCCUCCAACCCCGCGACACCACCCCCUUCACCACAGGCCUAACCACCCUAACCGCCGCGGCCCGCGCCCUGGACGCCCAGAUCCAAACCUACCCCGGCGGCGACGACAUCUCCAACAUCACCGCCGGCGCGGCGACGCUCAUCACCGCCCUCCUGGCCGAGACGAAAACCAUCCAGCCGGACUUCCUCAACGCCACCGAGGCCCCCGCCCUCCUCCCGCCCCUCGCGACCCUGGCCGCGCAGAUCUCCACCGUCGUGGCCGACUACAUCGGCAUCCACGCCGCGAUCGCCGCCACCGCCGCCUCCAGCGACGGCGGCUGGUACAUCUACUCCCAGCUGCAGGAGGAGCACACCGCCGCGCUGACGUAUACGGGCAGCGUGGUGGCGCGGAUCCCGGCGGGCGCGGUCAAGGACGCGGCGGCGGCGUGGGCGGGGAAUAUUACGGAUGCGUUGCUGGACGGGAGGGAGGCGUAUAAGGAUAUUGCGGUGCGGCCGACGGGGUAUUGA